ACUUCCACGGCCACCGGGCACACGCUCGCGCCACUCGAUAAUUUCCUGCAAGGGGGUGGACAGAGUCGAUGCUGCGCGGCGCGGGAGCUUUGCGCUUUUACACUUUGCAGCACAGACGACCGGACCCGAUUAUCACGGAUCGAUCGUACGUCGGGCUCGAUGGUCUUACGGCAUGACGUGCUGUGUACUUACGCGUCGAUGUCGCAUAAAAUAAAACGAACGGACGAUGGAUUAAUUAUGAAUUAUAAUUAUUAGACCGGUGCCUAUAUAUAAUUUACCUACUGUAUUACUAUAUUGUUUCCGCCGGAAAUGACGUCGUCGUCCGUCAAUCUACAGACCGCCGGGAUGUCGGACUCUGCGGCGGCUGUGGCGGCAGACGACGGGUCCGGGGCUGCGUCCUGUAGUCGCAAUCCGCUGCUGUGUUUCCUGUGCGAGGACUACUACAACGAUCCUUGCAUCCUGAUAUGUUUCCACACGUUUUGCGCCAAAUGCAUCCGGACCAAAAAUCAGGACGGCAAAAUAAACUGUCCCUUGUGCGGAACACAAACAACGUUGAAAGAAGGAGUACAGUUACCACCUCCCGACUAUUUGAUGUGCAAAUUGAUUGAUAUGGUGAACGUCGAGAACCCCCCUUGCUCCAAUUGCGACAAACGCGAUCCGUCCUCAAUGUAUUUUUGCUCCACUUGUGGUCAAGCUUUGUGCAAGCCUUGCCGAGAAAACACUCACCGUGCAAAAAUGUUUUCGUCACAUGACAUAGUGCAAAUGUCCAAGCGCUUGGCUGACAAAACAGAAAUAUGUCCAAAGCACGACGAAAAGAUCAGCUAUUUUUCGAGUACUCAGAAACACGUGAUCUGUACCAGUUGCGUACGCGAAAAGCCUCCCGAGAGUCGCAAGGCAUGCGUAGACAUAGACGUAGCUUAUAAUCAAAACUUGAAAAAAUUAGAUAGAGCACUUUUAUCGGUCUACGACAUGCAGAGUACAAUUCGCGAGGGCGUAGUGGCAUGUCACACGCUCCUUGAAGAACUGCGGCAAAAUACAGACACGGAGAAAUUGACUAUACACAAUUUCGUCCAAACGCUCCACGACGCCAUCAACAAAAUACAAACCGAUAUGCAUUUGGAAGUCCAACGACAAUAUGAAAUAAAAGAGAGAGCUUUUCGUAAUCAGCUUUUGACUUUAAGUGCAGUGCUUCCAAUUUUGCAACAUCACAUUCUUCUUUGUAGAAAUUUUGUAUCAACUUCAAAUAAGUAUCAUUUUCUUGAGAUUGUGUCUUUAAUGCUCGAUCGAUUAAACACUAUUGUGAAAAUUCCACAGCCGACAAAGCCUUUAUUGACCAGUACAAUAAAAACGAAUUACCGUUCAGAGUUUGCUCAGUGUUUGGAACCAUGGUUUGGUAAAUCAGAUGUAAUGGACUCUGGUAUAUAUGAAUCAUCGAAAAAUAUAAACAGUCUGGCAGCUAAGUCUAAAGAAAACUUAAACCUAUCACAGUCUACAUUGCCUAGUAAAAGACAACAUUCUGCUCUUAAAGCUAAAGCUUUAGAAGGCGAAGGUACUUUUUCUAAUCAUUGUCGAAGUUUUGAUUCUCAGAUCAAGGAACUGGGUACUCAAUUGAGUUGUGUGAAAGACCGUUUAAAUGAAUUACAGAGAGAAGUAAGAGCUCUCCAAGGUACUAAAUCUCCUGCUGUGCCUCCUUUGAUCUUAAGGCAUCAAAAUAUUAUUAGAGAUUGUCUUCGUUUAAAUGAUACUCUUGAUAAAAAUAGAAUAGAACUAGAAAGAUUGAGAUCGGUGUUUCAAACCAUUUGGCAAGAACAAUUGUAUAGAAUUCACGUUGAACAAGAUAUAUUCCAGUCACAAAUGACUGAUAUAACAAAUUUGCAAAGUGAAGUUAAACAGUUAGCAACAUUGGCUCAGCAAUUAGAUCCUUAUGUCAAGCGAUUGACAUCUAAACCAAAUAAUAAUGAAAUGGCAGAUUUAAAGAGUUUAUUGGAUCGACUAAGUUCACUUCAGCAAACCCAAAGAUUUCCAAUGGGAUGCCACAAAAUGGAAUCUCACUGCAUGAGCAGUUCGUCACCUUUAUCUGACACAAUAUACGCCAAAGAUAAUAGACCAGAAACUCCGGUUAGAGAAAAAGAUCAACAAAUGUUAUAUUUUCAUAAGACACAAUCUACUAAGAGUGUGUUAUCUCAUAUAGUGGACAAAGUCUGUGUACGGGAUAAAACGUUUCAAGAAUUUAGAGAGAGAAGCAAGUCUGAAGGCCGUAUAAAAGAUUGUCCAAUUAGAUCUAAACCAAAAAACGUUGUAGGCGAAGAAUGCGUAAAAAAUACAAGAGCAUGCUCUUUAUACCAAAUGAUAGAUAUUCGUGAUAUGCAACAUCUUGCAGCUCAAUCGACUUCAAAUAUACACGAGAGGGAUUUAAAUACUGAAAUGAUGUGUGAUAAAUUAAGAGAAUAUUUAAAAGAUCAUCUGAAAAAAAAACUGAAUGUUGAACUUGAGAUCAUAGAUGACGAUAAAGGAUAUCAAAAGCAGGAACAUAAAAAAACUUUUGAAUAUAUGGAAGGAAUGAUUGGAGAAGUUGAAACGAUCAGUUGUGAAGGACCAAAAGUUUGUCGUAAACAAGGAGGAAGAAUUCACAAGAAACCAAUGCCCCCACCUGUACAAGAUCCUAUGCCUAUACCUGUAGCUGCACCGAGAAAAUAUAAGAGAUAUCCACAUUCGGACACCGAAGAUGGUGCUAUGUACCAAGAAUCUAUGUCGUUUCGUCACAUUACUUCUCCCGAGGGCGAAAAAUGUACUCGCACGACAAAUUCAGUCCGUUGUCGGUCUAAAAAAACAGGACCUGUUCGGAAGCAAAGAUCAUGGGAAACAUUUCCAACUCGAAAGAAAUCAAUUACUCCAGAGCCAAGUAAAUUUUGUCGUGAUCCAGAAUCUUUUCGUAGUCAAUUCGAUCUCAAUACUUUUCAAGACGGAUUACGAAAAGCCGAUAGUUUUGAAGGACAUGAAGAAGCUGUGAGUUCACUUGUAAGAGAAUUUCACAAAGUCCGAUCCUUAGAUAAAAAAUCAAAAAAAUUAGAGCAAUAAAAAUGGUAUAUACUAUUAAUAUAUUUAUAAAAAAUAAAUAUUAUUAGUGUUAUUU